AUUCUGCUCUUCUUUUCUUCCCCCUGCACCAUGCAAAAAGAACCCAACCAAGCCGACAACCCCACUUGGAAAACCGGAAAUCCUGGAUCUGCUCUGUCCUCACCGCCGGCUGCUCCUGCUUUGUGGGGGCUAAUUGCUUUGAUUUUUCGCCCCGUGAGCUUCCCCUGCACUGCCGGCGGCCUUCCCCCAACUGCAGCUCCGGUUUUUGCUGCUAAAUUCUGGUUUCUGAUCGUUCUGUCAGUUUAGCACUGAGAUCGAGUCUUUAGUUUUAUGCAAGUGAGGAAGCGAAAUCAAGGACAAGGAAACGAGGGAAGUGACAAGUUAGAAGGCUAGCCAUCUUGUAAAUUUGACAUAGAUUUAGAUAUAAAUCAUGAUCUUGUAAGUUAGACUGUAUUUAGAGAUUUUAUGAUAUCAGAGUAAAUUUAUAAUUUUAUCUUCAGAUUUUGAUGGUAUUAGAUUGUGGUAUGAUAAGUUCUGACUCUUGUGCAUUUAUGGGACCCUCUCACGAGUGCACGACGUCUGCCA